UGCUAGUGCUUCCGGUCACGCCGUGUAAAGUGUUUGUAGAUUACACAGAAGGUGAAACCCAAACGCUGCAACCAUGACGAAAACAACGAGAAAACCCAAGAUUAAGGAUAAAGUGAAUAAAGCGAACCACAGUAUGAAUCCAGAUCGAGAAAAAGGAAAAGGUGGGCAUAACAUGCGUGACCGGACUACCAUAAACCGGCUUCAAAUGUACAGAAACUUCAAGCCAAAACGAGACAAGACAGGUAGAAUCAUCAGGGCUGCACCAUUUCAGGGAACUCUGCCAUCAGGAACUGUUGCUCGUAUUGAACCCAACAGACGCUGGUUUGGAAAUACAAGAGUAAUUGGGCAAGCAGCACUUCAGUCAUUUCAGGAAGAGAUGGCAAAGGUCAAGAAUGAUCCUUAUAGAGUCAUCAUGAAACAGACAAAACUACCCAUAACUCUGCUAAACGAAAGAGCUAAGCAUGCCCGAACUCAUGUGCUAGAAACUGAAUCCUUUGAGCAAACAUUUGGCCCGAAAGCUCAGAGGAAAAGACCCAAACUUCAGGAUUCCUCUCUUGAGGCCAUGAUGAAACGAAUUGAAGAAUCUCAUGGUAAAUAUGAUGAAGAGAAAGACCAGAACAGAGUUCAAGAGCACACUGGAGUCAGAGAUGUAGACCCGGAGUAUGUGUUCAAAGCUGGGCAGUCUAAAAGGAUAUGGAAUGAGCUUUACAAGGUGAUUGAUUCUUCUGAUGUGCUGAUUCAAGUCCUGGAUGCUCGAGAUCCACUAGGUACACGGUGUUACCAGGUUGAAAAAUACCUGAAAAGGGAAAAACCUCACAAACAUUUGAUAUUUGUCCUAAACAAAGUCGACUUGAUACCAGUAUGGGUCACGCAAAAAUGGGUUGCCCUACUGUCAUCAGAGCAUCCUACAAUGGCAUUUCAUGCCAGCCUGACCAAUCCUUUUGGAAAGGGUGCAUUAAUCAACUUGUUGCGACAGUUUGGCAAGCUUCAUGUGGACAAGAAACAGAUAAGUGUUGGUUUCAUUGGCUAUCCAAAUGUUGGCAAGAGCUCCAUCAUUAAUGCUUUAAAGGCGAAGAAGGUGUGCAAUGUUGCUCCCAUCGCUGGAGAAACAAAGGUUUGGCAGUAUGUUACGUUGAUGAAACGUAUAUAUCUUGUGGACUGUCCAGGAAUUGUAUAUCCUACAGGCGCAACACCCACUGAGUGUGUGCUGAAAGGCGUUGUGCGCAUUGAAAAUGUACAAACACCAGAGAUAUAUAUAGGACCCAUGCUGGAGAGAGUGAAAGAAGACUACAUAAAACAGACAUACAAAAUUUCAGCUUGGGAAUCCCCAGAAGAAUUUUUAGAGAAGCUAGCUCGCCGAUCGGGUAGGCUGCUUAAGGGAGGAGAGCCAGAUAUUGGCACAGCUGCUAAAAUGGUGCUGAAUGAUUUUCAGAGGGGAAAAAUACCAUAUUUUGUACAACCUCCUGCUUCAGAGGGUGAAGACAAAAAGAGUGCUGAGACUGAAGAGAUUCAGACACCUGCUGUAACCCAAGACCUUAGCAAGAUUGUUGUGGAACCUACCUACAGUUCAAAUGAUGUGGGCAAUGCAAAUGUUGCUGCAAAUUGUGCCGAUGAACACACUGAAGAGGGUGAAGAAGAGGUUGAAGACAGUGACGGUGACAUUGAUUCUGAUCUCGAUGCCCAUAAGGAUGAAGACAAACUCAGUGAUGUGGGGAAAAAUGGAGUUGCUGAUGAGGAUGAUGAUGAAAAUGAUUGGGAAGAUGUACCUGGGACAGAAAACAACACAGAUGUUCUUCACAGUGAAGAAUUGAAUGUUAAAAAAACCCAAAAGAGAUCAAAAAAGAAGAAAGUAUAUGCUGCUUCCAAGCUGGCCUCUCAUGCUUUUCUUGCUCCGCUGAAGAUGAAAGCUGACAAGCUGCAAAGGGAUAUUAACAGAUUAAAGAAAAUGAAAGAAAAGCAAGAAAAGAAGGGAUGCAAAACUGUGUGGACUGCAAGUGGUCAUGUGACAGUCACACAAGAUAAGCGACCUAGAACUGUGGAUCAUAAAGGUGGUUCAAGAAUUCAGCACACAGGUGCCAAUCCUGUCUACACCAUCACUGGCUCCAAAGAUGUUGUCACAGUUGAUGUAAUAUCUCCGGCAAGUGUCAAAUCCACAAUUUCAUCAAGUGGGCAAGCAAAAAAACAGGUUAAACGUAAGAGGCAGAAGGAAAAUGAAGAUGAGCAACAGGAAGCAAGACUUACCAGCAAAAUGCGCCGGCGUGCAGAGCGUGAAGCCAAGAGUGAAAAAGAACUCAAUUUCUACAACAGAGUUGAUGUUAAAAACAGAAGGGCAAGGAGAUGACAACAGUAAGGGUUGAGUGGCGACAAUAUAAAUGAGAACUAUUCGACCAGCAUAAAGCAUAUGCUGUUGGGGUAGUGAGUUUCAGUAAAGGUGAUUGGAGGAAUUUUAGAAAGGAGAAAAAAAAAUCCAUAAAUGUAUUGCAAAGAAGGCUUUGUGUUACUGUAUAUUUCGAUACUUUGUAAUAGCUAACAGAGGGUCCACAAACAUCUGUUGUUUGAUGUCAGUCUGCUAGUGCUUGCAUUCUGGAAAGCUUAAUUUAGGUCAUGCUGUGAAUAAUGAAUAAACAAUCACAAAUAAAUAUUAGUGGGGUGAA